CAAAAAAGUCUAACAACGGUCUUUUGAAUCAGUGGCUCAUUGUAUAUGGAUAACAAUACCUUCAAAUGUACAGUUUUGGCAAUAGACAUGGAAGGUUAGGCUCGAUGAAUGGCUCUACAGGAUCAGCAGCCUCUACCGUGUUCUCUGAUAAUAACAAUACCUUUAAAUGCAUGAAUUUUGCAAUAACCAUAAUGACAAAGAAGGGUCUAACUAAAGCUUACAAUCAUUUAAAACCAGUACAGUAGAGCCUUCCUUUGACGGGCACAACGUGAACCUGUGUAACUGUCCAUUGUCCACAAGUGUCUGCUGAUUAAAGGUAAAGAGGUGCCCUUUGUAUAGAGAUGUCAGUUAAUAGAGGUCCCCUCGUAGCUAGUUUUAUUUUUGGGAACAAUUGCAGACAAAUAGAGAUGGGAAAGAAUCUCCCAGUAGAUAAAGUUCUCUAAAAAAUCACCAGCAGGUUCGAACGAUUUCGGAUUUCACGCCUUGGGCAAUGUACAUAAGAAAACAUAAACAUCCUUGCUCCAUCAAUCAGGAUACUAAAUUUUUCGUUUACCCCUCCCAAAAACUUUUAGCCCCUUCAGUCCGUUAUAUGCUCCGCGCUUUUUGCAGUUUAGUUUAAUUUCUCCAGAUUUUUCUUAUUUGACACUGGAUCAUCAAUCCAAAAACCACUGAGGCGAAGAAAAUAUUAACAAGUGAAGUUCGUUUCCUUAUAAUUAAGAAAGAUUUUUGGCUGCAGAUGACUGAAGUUAACUUGCAGUAUGAGGAUUCAACUUGAGAUGAGAAAAUAGAACUGUGGUUUCAUCGAACUUCCUCACAAAUUUUGGACAGAGAAAACUUGUUACCCACGUUUCGAUUUUUUCAUUGUCCUAACGAUUCCGCAAUUGUAUUGGAAUAUACAUGCAGUCAACAAAGCUAUCGAGAAGUUAAAGAAUUUCAAUGUAAUCCUUGAAUUUUAAAGGGUGUUUUACCCACAUUGUUGAAACUUUAUGUCAGAUUCUUCUUGAAAGGCUCUCCCAGACGAUUACCUGCAAGGCUUUUUGUUGAUUCGCCCUAAAUGUCUAUGAUCAAGUUAUCAAACUUUCUCAAAGCAGGACUCCAAACAGUUAAGUACUUGAUUGUUCUAAGCCAAUCAAAUUACCGAACAGCUAGAGUCGUGCAAUCCAUUAACUAGCUGUUCGUGCAGGCCUAAGCAAUCUACGUGGAACACAGUCUACGUGGACAGGUUGCUGUGUUUUUAAAUUUGAAAGUGAGUAUCUGCACUGCUUUUUCUGAAGUUUAGAGUAGACACUUGUUUUUGUAAACUGUUAUCCAAUAAAAGAAUGUCAUUAAAGACUCAUUGCUAACAAUGAGCCUUUGCGAGCGUGACAAAUUGUCCUGGUGACGACCCAAACAAUGGCAGUAAACUUCUACGGAUUAACCAGAAUUGAUUUCAGACUGUCUGAAAAUGCAUUAUGGGAUGCUUGCGUAGCGCAAUGGCUCAUUGUUAGCAAUGAGUCUUUAAGAUAGAAUCAUUUCUAAAUGGAUAGCAGCCUUUGCUUUGUAAGAAAGGUUUUUACCAUCAGUAGGUUCCACCAGAUGCAGGGCACGUUCAUGUAAAUGAGAAAUCAAAAUAAUCCCGAGUACGAUCCCUGAGGUACCCCAUUAUCAAUCUCAUAACACAAUUUCUCCUACUAGAUUUUGUAGCUAGAGAGGUACGUUAGAGCACUUGUAAACAGAAUAAUUCACCUGUAUAUAAAUUAAAAUAUGACGGACAGAGUUAUUCAUCUGCACAAGAUGCUUAUCCAUCGUUGAAAAAAGAACUUCUUUACAUCUUUGUCCAUGCAACUCUUGUGAGGAUUUGUAUAAGUGAAGUAUUUGUUGUUUUAAUUAUAAGUUUUUCUCAUGUCAAGGGAAAUUGGACAUAUCUCCAUGCAUGACAGGUUGCCCCAUAGACGUUGUAGAAAAGAAUAAAUUUGAUUUAUAUUGUGACCUACGUAGAUUUCCUUGCAGUAACUGUAGUACACCACCUGCGCACAAAUGCGCAACAACGGAAUCAUAAGAGCUUUUUGUGGGGAACAGCGCUUUGAUGUCUCCUUAGCUAUCUGAAAUAUACCAAGCGACCUCUGACUUGGUAGAAAUUCCUAAGACACUUCAUUUAGUCAAAAGUGAAGAUAAUGUGCCGCUAAUUAAUACUCAUUUAUCGUGUUGAGCAGUCAUGGGUAGGCUGGUGUGAAUUUCGUUUGAUUUUUUUUCUUCGAUCGAGUCGGGAUAUCUUUUAAACAUAUCAUAGGAGAAUAUUUUUGGACACAGCACUCUUUCAUGAAGUCAACGACGUUUGAAAUCCCAUUAAGGUGUUCUCAUAAAUUAUGUACCCUUCAAAAAAGUACUUUUUCCACCUUUCGACAGUAGCUGUGGAGGAGCUGGUGAGUAGCGGAACAACAACAUUUCUCACAUCAGAUUCCCCAUUUCCAAAGAUGGACUCCGAAGUGAGUAGUGGAAUAAGUGAGGACGAUGAAAAUGAACCUCUGUCAAAUAACCUAGGAAAGUCACUGAAUCUCCCAUCUACCUCAUUGGAAGCAAGUUUUAAACAGCAAAGAAAGGCGCUGCGAGUGGUUUCUGUCUUUCCUAGGAACGAAGCAUCUUUCAAGGCAGUUUUGGAUCUGGUCUCAGUAUGCAAGUCAAUCGAAGCACAACUUGAGCAAAUUUCCUUUCAUCGACUGGAUUUUGGUGAACUGUCAGCACUUGAUCAGUUUUAUACGGCCGAUAUUGUUAUUGUCGACGCCUCGCAAGUGAAAGAGCAGGCAACUCUAUUUUAUCAUUUGGGAAUAAGAGAAAGUUUUGGAAUGAAAGACAAUGUUGUUGUUGUGAAUGACGAAGAUCACGCCAAAACAUCUUCGAUACAGAUUUCAAGCUCAAACUACAAUUUUUUGGCUUACGUUUUGAACACCCAAGGUCGAUGUUUUGUUACCCGUAAUGGUCAUCGUAGCGUAAAGGAGAUGAAGACAUGCAAGCCUUUGGUGAUGAUGUUCAGGAAACUUUUGACAAACAUUGAAGGUUGUAAGAGAGCAAUGUGCAAAGAAUAUUUCUUGAGGGAUUUGAGGAAUACAAGAGAGAAACUUUGUGGACAAGAUCUUCAAAAGGAGCUGAAUAGAAUGAAGUUACUGCUUGGAGACCCUUCAUUGUUUUCAGCAGACAUUAUUAUCAACUUGUUGCUAUCUUAUCGAGACAUUCAGGAUUAUUCAUCAAUGGUAGAGCUGAUAGAAGAACUACCCCCAAGUCACAAGGAGACAAGGAACAAAGCCAUUCAGCAACAAUAUGCUUUUGCUCUAAACAGGAGAAAUAACAGUGGUGACAGAGACAAGGCUGUGAAAGUUGUUAACUUAUUGUUACAAACAAAAGAAAAUCAUGCACCAGAUACCCUUGGUUUGUGUGGAAGAAUUCAUAAAGAUAAGUUCAUUGACUCUGAGUUUCAAGAUUGUGAAAGCCGCGAUGAAGCUAUAAAAUGGUAUCGCAAGGCAUUUGAGGUGCAGCCCAACCAAUACUCAGGGAUGAAUCUUGCCAUCCUUCUUGUAUCGUCUGGUCAAGAUUUACACAAAUCAGAGGAGCUUCAAAGAGUUUGCAUGAUGCUGAACAGCAUAAUUGGACGCAAAGGUAGCCUGGUUUCCUUAAAGAAUUUCUGGGACGUGGCUGUAUUUUUUAGUGUUAGUAUUCUCGCUGAGGAUUAUGGGAAGGCCUGUCAGGCUGCAGAGUGCAUGUUCAAACUACAACCACCCGCCUGGUACUUAAAGUCUUUAUUGACGGAUAUCAAAAUAAUUGACGAAUUCCACCCACGUGACGAAUCCAGUAGAAGUUCGGUUGAUGAGCUCUACGACUUUUGGAUGGAUUACCUUGUUGAGGCAUCGCAGGAAGAUGUGGAAAGUUUAAGAUUCCCGGUCCUCAUUUUAGAAGUUGGAAAUGAUUACGUGCCCAGCUACGUGUCAGUCUCGUUGGAAAAGAACGAAGAGGCCAUUACCAUAUUUAAUGUCGGAGCAAAGAAAGGUAGCAAGAAAAUAGAUCAUUGGGUAUUCAAUCGCGACUCAAUAAAAGGCCUCAGCUCAUACAAGCUGGACGACCGGUCAUUGUUCCUAUAUGUUACUGAAAAUUCAGAUGAUUUCCAGUUCUUCUUUAGCUCAUCACAUCAAAGAAAACGGUUUCACGAUGUCGUUUUGCAGAUGUCGAAGGACUGUAGUUGUCUCUCAGAGGCUGGUGGUGACAACGAAUCAUAUGAUGACAUACAGUAUGAAUAUGAGUAUGACGAGAGAGGAGAAAGAAUUGUUUUGGGAAGAGGGACAUUUGGUAUUGUGUAUGCUGCCCGGGAACUUAUUACGCAGGUUAAAAUUGCAGUGAAGGAAAUCCCUGAACGUGAUAAAAGCCACGUCCAACCGUUACAUGAAGAAAUAUCCCUCCAUCGACAGUUCAGACAUCCGAAUAUAGUAGAGUAUCUUGGGUCCAGAAGUGAAGAUGGAAUUUUCAAAAUUUUCAUGGAGCAAGUUCCUGGAGGGAGUUUGUCAUCGUUAAUCAGAUCAAAAUGGGGUCCUUUAUUAAACAACGAAGGAACAGUUGCUUUCUAUACGAAGCAAAUACUUGAAGGCGUCAAGUAUUUGCAUACCCAGAAAAUUGUCCAUCGAGAUAUCAAAGGUGACAAUGUGUUGGUGAAUACAUAUAGCGGUGCUUGUAAACUUUCUGACUUUGGAACAUGCAAAAGACUCGCAGGGAUCAAUCCAGUCACAAAGACAUUCACAGGGACAAUGCAGUUUAUGGCUCCGGAGGUAAUUGACCACGGUCAGAGAGGCUACGGACCACCGGCAGAUAUAUGGUCUGUUGGUUGCACCGUAAUCGAAAUGAUAACUGGAAAGCCACCCUUCUUUGAGCUCGAGCCAGCUGCCGCCAUUUUUAAAGUCGGUAUGUUCAAAACCCAUCCGGAUAUUCCUGAAACGUUAUCGAAAGGAGCAAAAGAUUUCCUGAAGCGAUGUUUUGAGCCUGAUCCAGUCCCAAGAGCAGCAGCGGAGGAGCUGCUCAAGCAUGUUUUUCUUGCAAGAAAAGAUCGAAGAAGGCUUGGCGAUAUGAAACUUGUCAUUCCGAAACAUGGGAAUCACAGUACAACUGGUUCAAUAAUUACAUCGGACUCUGGAAUUGAAAUUACCACGAGCAGUGACGUAAGCACUCCAAAAGAUUUCUUUCAAGCUACACCUAUGAUGAGCCCCGAUCAAGGGAGCCCACCAAGAUCACCUCAGUCUGAAACUGGACACGUGCAUGAUAACUUUGCUGUUGAACCGAAAACCAAACGAAUGACUCGGUCUUUGACGUUGCCUGCAAGGAAAAGUGACGAAUCUUUGUCAUCUGCUGGAUCUCUUUCACCAACCAGUUCAACAAACUCGUUGGAUGGUUCCCACGCAAAGCAAGGUGGGAGGGAUGUGUUUUUCCAGGUAAAGCAAGAGAGCGAAAGGCGGAAGUUGGUUAUCGACGUCAUGAAUGAAAAAAUGGAACAGAUCUGUUAUGGCUGGGUGACAAAGCUGGAGCACAUGAGUAGCGUAUCUGUUCUACAAAUUAGCGAUUUGAAAGUACUUGUAAACUGUGUGAAGGAAUUUAUUGAAGAGAAGGAGGAUGUUCAAGUCGAAAAGUAUCUUGAUCCAAUCGAAAAUGCACACGGAAACCACCCAAAAAUUUACCAAGAAAUUCAAAUUGCUCUUCACAUGUUUAAUGAAGCAGUGUCGGAAGUUAUAAGUAAGCACAAAAAGGUUCUACCUCAUUGGAUGUUUGCUGUUGACAACAUGGUUCGAAUGGCGGUUUCAAAAACCUUGGAGCACUUAACAAGAGAAAUGAGAGACAACCUGAAAUCAAUCAGCUCCAUUGAUGAAAGUGAAUACAAUAUUUCAACCAACAACAGUCAGGAUACAGAAAUGGAAGUUAAAACAGUAACAUUUGCUGACAAGGUGACUUUUGACAGACCCACACUUUUGGCUAAAAUUGAAAAAUUAUCCCAGGAAAAUAUUGGAUUGAUGAAUGAGCUUAUCGAUGUUCAGGAGACAUUAAAGAGAGUCCUCACUCAAAAUAUUGGCUCACACAAAAGCCUUAUAGAUUCUUAUAAAUCUAACACAAAAGUUAGAGAAAGACGAAGAUCACUAGCUGGUUUAAAGAUUAAUGAUCAGAUUGGUGAUCUGAAGUUAGAAAGUUUUCUUCAGGAUUCAGGAAUACCAAACUCUGAAAUAACUAAGUUUGCAAAUCAUCAUUGCACUUAUAAUGAUGUAGUUUGCAACUUCUCAUUUGAAGAUCUAAAAGAUGUUGGCCUUAGCAUUGGCCCAAGAAGUAGAAUUUGGAGUGCUAUCCUCAAACUUCGCUCAAGUCCCACUUCUGUUUGAGAUUUUUAAGGCACACAUGCACUAUUACCAAUAAAGACACAUGCAACAAGUUGAAUUUUUGGUUUAUACAGAAUGUGGUAGCUACUUUACAUACAUUUUUUAAAAGAUUGCUGUAAUCCCCUCUAUUUAUUCAAAUUGUUUUGUUCACUUCAUUAUUUG